UUAGUACUUGAGCAGCAUUGCGAUCGUAUAAAACGCUUCAAGCAAAACACGCUGCACGCGCCUCGGACUAAACACCAAAUAAACAAACCGAACAGAACGGUAAAAUUCGGGUGUGUUAAGCGAGAGUGAAGCCUAUUGACAAUAAAAAAAACUUUUACUAUGUUUAAUUGAGUUUCGGGUGCGCUUUGUUCUCUUUACCAAGCCACAAGUUAAGCUCAACUCAAAGAUGAGCCCAAAGCUGCAUGAGUUUGCUGUUUUGUUGCAACGCGAUGGUCAGUCCACGCCAUGGGGCAUACGGCUGGUGGGUGGCAACGAUCUGGAUACGCCUCUAAUUAUCACCAGGGUGCAAGUUGGCAGCCCAGCAUAUGGCGAAUUGUUGCGUGGCGAUAUCAUAGCAAAGAUCGGUGAAUACGACGCACGUGACUUGAGUCAUGCCGAUGCCCAGCAGCUGUUUCGCGGUGCUGGAAAUGAGAUUCGUUUAACGGUGCAUAGGGACAAUACAAUUGCGUAUUCGCAGCAGGGCGUGAAUCAGGAGAGCGCCGGCUCGCGUUGUAAUUCUACGUUGCCACCGGCUAGUCCAGAGCCAUCACAGUAUCCGCAACGCGGCCCUUCUCCCUUUUUGCCAGGACCCAGUCACUUUGAGCGUGCCAUGCAACUUCCUGUGGAUACCUUGCCACAAACGGUGUUUCCUCAGCUGAAUGCAUCGGGCGGCUAUGUGGCGAGCUCGAAGGAUGUUUUUGCCCCAAAACCAACUCGUGAUCAUCAGCAGGAUGUGGCCGAAGAACAGGCCCUCAUUAUCAACCAGCCAUACCGGACAACUCCAUUGGUGCUUCCUGGUGCGAAAGUGAAGAAGGAUGCGCCAACCACAGAGUCCUACUUGAGACAUUAUCCAAAUCCAGCUGUGCGCGCUCAUCCCGGACACGACUACCAUGACAGUAUCAUGAAGCAACGUGUUGCUGAUACCAUGUUGCACAAGAUUGUUGGCCAAGAUGCCGAUACUGGCAGAGUCUUCCACAAGCAAUUCAACUCGCCCAUUGGUCUCUACUCCAACAACAAUAUUGAGGAUACUAUCAGAACAACAGUGCCUUUUGCCACAACAAGCGUUAGUAAUCGCUUGAAGGAAAGCCCUUUGCAUCGUACUUUGCCAACAAAACUUGACGGUUAUAAGAAAACUGUCGUGUACGAUCCAAGGAACAGCGAUACCUACAGAGCCAUACAAGAAGAGGGCGGCUACAGCAGCUAUGGCAAAUCCUCGCCACAGGAAGUUAACAUACCUGUGCAGACUCAGGUCUAUCAGCCUAAUCGAUUGGUUCCAGGAAAGAAACCAGUAUCAGCCCCAGUAUCACGGCCGCCGUACAAUGUGGUAAACACUCACGAUGAGAACAUUCGCCAGAGCGGCUCUUUCAAUCGCCUGAUGUACAGCGUUGUUGGUGCAACUGAUUAUUGAAGAAAAAGAAGAACAGGGAGAUGUAAAAACAACAACAUCAAUCGAUACUAAACAAUAACAACAGUUGCUAGUUUAACUCUUUAGCGGACUUUUAUGGAAUUCAACUUAACUUAUGUCUAUAAAUUGCAUAAACAAUCGAACAGUAAUCAAUUUUAAAACUAACAAAAACAAUAAGAAAACCCCAAAAUAUUAUA